AUGGCGUGGCAAGCGGAGUCCGAGUGGCGCACCUCAGAGCUUUUGGACCCGACGUGCUCUCUCUCGUCUUCGACGGGCGGUACCGAACGCGCCCAACACGGGGCAGCGAACUUUCAGAGCUUUGGCCCCGACGCGGGUCAAGUGGGACUGACGUACUCGGCGUCCUGUCCGUCGCUCUCGGAGCUCGACGACGUCCAUGUGCUCCUAAGCGGAACAGCGGCGACGACGACCACAGGCGCUCAGUGUCUCGUGCCGUAUCCGUUCGGGGCGCACGAACCGCUCGUGGACGCGACGGCGGGCGAGUCGCCGCUAUUCCUUGCGGACAAGAGCUUUGACCUGCUCCUGCAGCUCCAACAGGCGUACCAGGACGUGCCCCAGCGGCAGUUCCCGCACCAGCAGGUGACAACGGGCCACCCUAUGGACUUGAUACCGCAGCCGCCGCCGCUGACUGGUGAACGGCGGGCGCUGCACAGCUCGCAGUCGUGUACCAGCUUGUCCAGCAUGGAGUCGGAGUAUCAUCGCACACCUGCUCCGAGCAAGCGGAAGAAAGCGAGCGAGCGCUGGAUGAAGCUGCAGCGUCACAAGUCGUUUGACUCGACGGUGCCCAUCUCCGAGGCAAUGGACUUUGACGCGAGUGCGUGUGCAGAAAACACCUCGAUGACCUCAGCCCUCUUGACUCCGGAUCAGCUGUUGCAAGAACCGCUGGACGACGACAUGGUCGGAUACUGUAUCGAUGGCACCUCGUCCGCGAUGCACUCAGCUGACCCGAACGACUGGUCUCCACUUGCUCCUGCAUCUGCCACAAGCUACGCUGGUGAUGGGUAUAUGCAACACGCGACGCACAAGCAGCAACCGCAUGCGGAUAUGCCGAUACCCAGUGACGCUGGUGAUGACUUUACCUCGCCAGCACAUACUGAACCUGUGUCCGAGCUGGACAUGUUGCUAUCCGAGCACGAGCGCUCAAACCUCUUUGACGCUAUUCGGGAUUUUCACUUGCCUUGCGGGGCGGAGACCGUUGAUACGCAACUUAUUCCACAAGAAGCUCAAUGCAUUGCACAAACACAACGGUCAACGCCAAUAGGCGCGAAAGCAACAUCCGACGCGCUUUCAACUGGCACCACAGAGACAGCAAGCAGUCGCUCAUUGCCCCCGGAGGAACAGACGAACUGUCCAGACGAGGCAUCAAGACCUCUCUCGCUCGAUUCGGCUUCUUCGCCAUCUGCCGCAAGAUUGCCUCCUUCUGGUUGUAUCCCAAUGCGCACGCGCCUGCACCAGAUUCUCGUGCUCUCGGUGCAAAACACGGAUGCUGCGUCUUCGUUGUCGUCGUACGAGCGAAACUACUUGAUGCAGUCGUCGUUGUUUUCGCCAGCAAAGGCACCCGAGACAGCAGGGUCCCUGUGGCUAUUGCUGCAUGCCGCGCAGUGCGAAGUCGAGUGCGAGAUCGCAGACUGUUGCGUGAUGCGCCGUGUGCUGAAUCAUUGUCUAGGGUGCGAGCUGACCGUUGGCAAGUGCAAGCAGCCCUGCAACGACGCGAAGGCCAUGCUGCUCCACUACGGGUCGUGCAACAGCAAAGGGAGCAUGCACGGGCGGUCUUGUUCUGUGUGCUGGAACCUGCUGGAGAUCGACUAUUCCCACCAAGCGCUCAGCAACGGCAAUGGCGGGGACCACUCGACUGGCCGAUAUCCGAGUUUCGUGCCGUCGCCUUUCGCCUCGUCACCGACUUCUCUGCAAUUGGGCAGUCCACCAAGUGCACCCCCCGUACCACCCGGCAGUCCUACUUUGGAACACCCGCCCGCGUAUUGUUCGCCACCUGGACGCUCCACCGUUAAACGUGUUGGCCCCUCCAAGCACGUACACAUCCAGCCCAACCCGCUUCCAACAGCGUCCAACCCACUGGGGCUCAUUGGCUUGAUGCCGCCCCAGUUUGGCCACUCGCUCUCGUUGUAUCUUGAACAGACGUCGGCUUUGUUUCGGGCCGAGGUGAAGACUCGGAUCGAGAAGCGCGUGACAGCUGCUGCUGGCCAAGACCUGCUGGAGCACAUGCAAAAGAAGACGCGGCUGCGCAGCCUGGACGACCUGCGCCUCGAAGCGCGGAGCAUUGUGCUCGGAGAGAUGGAGCACAAGCUCUUGCUCUACAUGCAGGCGUACAACUGGGCGAACGCGCCGGCAGGCGAAGAGAGUGUGUUGAAGAGCGCACCGCAGCUUCCUCCGUAUUUGAUGAACUUCUCGGUCGCUGCUUUCGAAGCGCAGCAGCAGCAGCAGCAGCAGCAGACUGCGUGUCAAGCAGAACAAGUGCGUGCACAAGCUUUGCCACCGGUAGGGCCUUGA